CUUUGUUGAACUUGGUGGGGGAGUGUAAGAAGAAGAAGAGCAUGAAGAUUGUGACUUACAACGUUAAUGGCCUUAGGCAACGAGUUUCCCAGUUUGAUUCUCUUCUCAAACUUCUCGAUUCAUUCGACGCUGAUAUCAUCUGCUUCCAGGAAACGAAACUAAGAAGGCAAGAAUUAACAGCGGAUUUGGCUAUAGCUGAUGGGUAUGAAUCGUUUUUCUCGUGCACCCGCACUUGUGAGAAAGGUCGUACUGGUUAUUCUGGUGUAGCAACCUUUUGCAGAGUAAAGUCAGCAUCUUCAAGCUGUGAAAUUGCUUUGCCUGUUGCUGCAGAAGAAGGCAUCACGGGCCUUGUUAGCAGUAACUCACGAGAUGGGAAGAAUGAAAGGUCUACUGUAGCCGAAGGUCUUGAGGAAUAUGAGAAAGAAGAGCUCCUUAGAAUUGACCAAGAAGGACGCUGCGUUAUUACUGAUCAUGGCCACUUUGUUAUCUUCAAUGUCUAUGGACCGCGAGCUGUUGCUGAUGAUGCUGAGAGGAUUGAGUUUAAGCAUCGGUUCUAUAAUAUAUUAGAGAGAAGAUGGGAGUGUCUUUUGCAUCAAGGAAGAAGGGUAUUUGUUGUUGGAGAUCUCAACAUUGCUCCUUCUGCUAUGGAUAGAUGUGAAGCUGGGCCUGAUUUCGAGAAAAACGAGUUCAGGAAGUGGUUUAGAUCUCUGCUAGUUGAACGUGGAGGCUCAUUCUCUGAUGUUUUCAGAUCAAAACAUCCCGAAAGGAAAGAUGCAUUCACAUGUUGGUCCUCAAGUACUGGAGCAGAACAAUUUAACUACGGUUCGAGGAUUGAUCAUAUCUUAGUUGCUGGAUCAUGCUUGCAUCAAGACAAAGAUAAGGAAGGCCAUUGUUUUCUUGCCUGUCAUGUCAAGGAAUGUGACAUAUUAACAGAGUAUAAGCGGUUUAAGAAUGAAAAUAUGCCAACAAGGUGGAAAGGUGGAUUGGGUACAAAAUUAAAGGGAUCAGACCAUGUACCUGUAUUCACUAGUGUUGAUGAUUUACCAGACAUUCCUGAACACAGCACUCCGCCGUUAGCUUCGAGAUACCUUCCCAUGAUUUAUGGUUUCCAGCAAACUCUUGUAUCAGUGUUUAUGAGAAGGCAAGCCAAUGAGGAAGCCAAAGCCAAUGAAGUGACGACAUGUUCAACAUCAUCGAGUCAAGGGAAUGCUUCAUCAAGUUGUGGAGAUGUUUCGACAGGACCACUGAGAAACUGUGAUUCAAUGGGGAUUUCACUGGAGAAGUCUUGUUCUUUUGAGAACGAAUCCACUUGUAGCAUUACAGAAUCAGACACGGUGGCAUCAAGAGGUUCCAUUGGUAACCCUGGUGAUGGACUUCGUGUAUCAUCAGUGAGAGUUGUGAAUUUCUCUAGAAAUAAAGACAGGAAAAAGGCAAGAAAAAUCCAAUCAUCUCAGCUUUCUCUUAAGUCCUUUUUCACUACAAACUCAGAGGUAAACAAUGGCGGGGAUAAGUCUUCUCCCUGUGUUCAAUCCAGUCGCAGCUCCCAAGUAGAAAGCAUCACAGAACCGACUGUUUCCAGCCAAGAAGACAACAAACCAACUACUUCAACACAGGAACAAGAUCAAAGCAACUCAUCAGCACAACAAAAGAACGAUGCAGCUUUGAUGGAGUGGCAAAGGAUACAGAACCUAAUGCAAAACAGCAUACCUCUCUGCAAAGGACAUAAAGAAGCUUGUGUUGCUCGGGUCGUAAAGAAACCAGGUCCCACAUUUGGACGCAGAUUCUACGUCUGCUCUCGAGCUGAGGGACCUUCCUCUAAUCCAGAAGCAAACUGUGGUUAUUUCAAAUGGGCAUCAUCAAAAUUCAGAGACAAGUAAAGGAGUGAUGAAUCAAACAUGAUGCGCAAAAUGUGAACGGAUAGUAUUCAGGAACCAAGGAUUUAAUCUAGUGAGCUCAGGUACACCAUAGAAACUCAACAAUGUCGGUAUAUAGUUGAUAUUAGUAUUAAUAUAAUCGCGUAAGCCUUGACCAAUGUGUAAAGUUGCUGGAGUAAGCUUCUUUCAACGUUGCUGUCUCUAUCACUUUAUCCCCCUUGUUCUCGUUUAAUAAUGUGUAUUGUUCGUUCCUUCUAAUGUGAUUAACUUUUAGCUUUAUAAGCAGCUAAUAUACUAAUGUUACAAGUUGCAGAAAUUUAAAAUUAAAAGGUUAUGUUAAUUGAGA